GCGUCCGAUUCGCCCGGCCCACGCUUCCCGCCUUUCCGCUAACUCCGGAGGCCCCGGCUCGUUAGCCACCGGACUUGGGACGCCCGCAGUCCUCUUCUCACAGUCCUGUCGCCGACCCCGGGGCCGCGCGGGUGUCUGGUGGAACAUGGCGAAUUCGGGCUGUGAGGACGUCCGGGGCCAGGAGGGGGAGAGUUUUCUGUACUUCGCCUACGGUAGCAAUCUGCUGACCGAGCGGAUCCACCUCCGAAACCGGUCGGCCGCGUUCUGCUGCGUGGCCCGCCUGCAGGAUUAUAAGCUUGACUUUGGCAAUUCCCAAGGCAAAACAAGUGAAACUUGGCAUGGAGGUAUAGCCACCAUUUUUCAAAGUCCUGGCGAUGAAGUAUGGGGAGUAGUAUGGAAAAUGAACAAAAGCAAUUUGAGUUCUCUGGAUAAGCAAGAAGGGGUUAAAAGUGGAACAUAUGUCCCAAUAGAAGUUAAUGUUUAUACUCAAGAAGGAAAAGAAAUAACCUGUCGAAGUUAUCAGAUGAAAAAUUAUGAGAGUGCUCUGCCAUCCCUCCAGUAUAAAAAGGUCAUUUGCCUAGGUGCAAAAGAAAAUGAUUUGCCACUGGAGUAUCAAAAGAAGUUAAAUGCAGUAGAACCAAAUGACUACCAAGGAGAAGUCUCAGAAGAAAUUGAAGACAUUAUCAAAAAGGGAGAAACAAAAGUUCAUUAGAACAUAAUAGAUAUUUUAGAUAGAAAUCUAAAUUAUAAUAGAAAAUACAGAUAUUUUCUGUAUGUGCUAAUAUAUUUUUAACAUUUGGAAAAGAGAUCUGAGGUAUCUGUAUGUUUAAUAUAUUUUCAACAGUGCUCUGAAGGGAUAUCUUACUUAGGUAAUUCCUUGUUUUCAGACUCGAAAAAGAAACUAGGUUAGAAAUUAGAUAAUUGAGGGGCGCCUGGGUGGCUCAGUCAGUUAAGCGUCUGCCUUCGGCUCAGGUCAUGAUCCCAGGGUCCUGGGAUGGAGCCCUGCGUCAGGCUCUCUGCUCAGCGGGGAUUCUGCUUCUCCCUCUGCCUGCUGCUCCACCUGCUUGUGCUCUCUCUCUCUCUGUGUCAAAUAAAUAAAUAAAACCUUUAAAAAAAAUUA